AUGUUUAUUGGGCACACUGAGGAAGAUGUUGUUGACGAGAGCGAGAGUGAGGAGGAUGCUAAGGUCGAUGAGGACGGAGAUUCGGAUUUCGAGCUUUCUGGUUACUCUGCGUCCGACGACGAUGCAACACUUGUGCUCCGUAGCGGUUCUGCGUAUCCAAGAGAUAUUAGUCGUCUCUCCCCAUCAUCCAACCCUAGUACUGCGGACUACACCGACCUCAAGAAUGGUUCUUUGAGGUCACUCCCCGACCAAUUCAGGCAGGCAGCGGAUUAUGUGGAAAAUGGUCAAAACAGCCCCAAACUCAACCGCCUUCUUUCCAUUUUGCGAUCUUCGUAA